AAAUGUGAAUAAAUGUGUUUAUAUCAAUAUAUACAAAACUAUUGUAUAAAUGGAUGAUAUAUAUGAUUAGAAUAAUAUCUUUACUGUUUAAUAGUAAGUCAUAGAUAUUUAUGAACAUCCAGGGAAGAUUCCAUUCAUAGAAAUGAUCAACUUUCCUCAUUUUCUAUUUCAAUUCAAGGCAUAAAUACAGGGCGACACAAUGUAUGAUGUAUGUAUUCUACUCUGACACAAAAUGAUACAAAGUUUUAUACUCUAAUUUACUACAGCUGAUUAGGCUAUUGAAGACUGACCAGGCAGUGUGAAAUAAGGGAAAUUUUACUAGAUUACAGUUAUUAUCAGUUGGCAUCAGAGUUCAAUUACUCUUUGCAGCUUAAUUCAUUUAUAUUAGGUCAGUCUAAUGUUGAUGGGACUCUAACUCCUGUUAGAUUUCAGAAACGUCCCCAAAUGUACAUAAAUAUCUCUAACCUUACUUCUCUAUACAGUAAAAUAUUCAACAUGGUAAAAGUAGCACAAUAAAAAGAACACCUCCUAUUUUAGAAAUGUUCGUGUAAAAUUUCAGUCCAUGUUUUUAAAUCAAGAGUUUUUCGAUACUGUUUUGUAUUUCUCUGAUUUGAUUGCUGAGCUGCGAUCCUUCUUUCUUGAUAACUGAACACGCAAUUACUGGUCGUGAUACACCACAAGCUCUUCCUAAUGCUUGUUUGGAUCUGACAAAUACAUAAGGUACAUUCUUGUCCUCACAUAAAAGAGGUAGAUGAAGUAGAAUUUCUAAUGGCUGGGCAUCAGCAGACAUGACAAUAAACUCAGCAAUACCACGAUUCAACGUCUUGGUGGCUUCAUUGGCCCCCUUCUUGAUCUGUUUAUAAUUUGAAGCUUGUUUCACUAAAUCCAGGAUGCCUUGAGUCAGUUGAGCUUCGGCAAGAGGAUAAGCUUUAGGAUUAAUUUCUUCAGCCAUUUUUGAAGUAGUAAUAUGAACGGAUACAACUAAUUAAAUUUGUCUUUAACAAAGUUUUUCUUCUCCUCUCUGCGAUUUAUCGCUUCACUGAGGCGAAAUUAUAAAAGCACGUGUUUGCAACGCUUUCUUCAACAACAAAUGUAACCGGAAGUAGUUUUAUCACAAUUUGAACCAAUCAAAUUACUGAUUCUAGUUUGUUGCAAACCUGAAAAUUGUUUACAUCCGCUUCACUUUUUGACCUCCAUCAUUGAAGAUCCCUUUUUUCUAUUUUCUCUCACAUUCACAAAUUAUUGUUUGUACAGCGAUAAAUAUGCCGUUAUAAUGAGUGGCAUUCCCGAACCAGUGGUUUUGGCAACAGCAGGAUAUGAUCACACCAUAAGAUUCUGGCAAGCGCAUACAGGAUUAUGCUACAGGACAGUUCAACAUCCCGACUCUCAAGUAAAUGCAUUAGAAAUAACACCUGAUAAAAAAAGAAUAGCAGCUGCAGGUUAUACCCACAUCAGAAUCUAUGAUAUAAACUCGAACAACCCCAACGCUAUAAUCAAUUAUGAUGGUGUACCUAAAAACGUGGUAGAGGUUGGAUUUCAUGAUGAAGGUAAUUGGAUGUUUACUGGUGGUGAGGAUUGUACAGCUAGAAUCUGGGACUUGAGGGCAAGAAAUUUACAAUGUUCGAGGAUAUUUCAAGUUCACAGUCCAGUCACAUGUGUUUGUUUACAUCCAAAUCAGGCUGAAUUAUUUGUUGGAGAUCAAGGUGGUUCAAUACACAUCUGGGAUUUAAAAACUGAUAAAAAUGAACGUUUGGUACCAGAAGGUACUACAGCAAUACAGUCAAUUACUAUAGAUGCCAUGGGAACCAUGAUGGCUGCCACUAAUAUUAAAGGAAAUUGUUUUAUUUGGACUCUAACUGGAGGAAAGGGAGAUAAACCAACCGAACUUCAUCCCAAAUCUCAGUUUAAAGCCCAUGAAAAAUAUGUUUUAAAAUGUUUAUUCAGUCCAGAUUCCACUUUAUUAGCUACAACGUCAGCUGAUGGAAGCUGUGUUAUAUGGAGGACAACAGAUUUAACUAAAUUCAGGAUACUGAAAGAGAAAACACAGCGGUGGGUGUGGGAUUGUGCUUUUAGUGAUGAUUCAGUGUACAUUGUCACAGCCUCCUCAGACAAUAUGGCGAGGUUAUGGCAUAUAGAGGAAGAGAAAAUAGAAAGAGAAUACAGUGGACAUCAGAAGGCGGUGGUCUGUUUAGCAUUGAGAGAUGAAAAUAUUCCCUAGUAUUUACUGUCAUAUUGUAAUAUAUCAACUGUUUUUGUUAUAA